AUGUCUGAUAACAGCAAUAUGACCAUAAAUCUCCUCUUGCUUGGAAGGACACAAAGUGGCAAAAGUGCUACAGGAAACACCUUUCUGGGCAGUACAGAUUUUUCCAGUCGUCUUUCUCCGGGAUCUGUGACCAGAGUCUGCAGCUUGGGGCGUAGCUCUCUUAUUUCAAAUUUUGCACGUCGUCAGGGGCACGAGCUAACGAUACAGGUCCGUGUGCUAGAUACGCCUGGGUAUCCUCACAGCAGCUUGAGAAAAGAGCAGGUCGAGCAAGAAGUAAAAACUGCUUUAGUUCAGCACUUUGGAGAGACGGGUCUACACUUGGCAUUUUGGGUCUUGAGAGCUGAUGUCCCACUAUGUGAGGGCGAAGAGGAUUCCACUAUCCAAUUCAUCCAGAAACUCUUGGGUCCUAACUGGAAGAGCUACACUGCCAUCUUAUUUACUCAUGCGGAUAUGGUUGAAAAAGCUAAAUUUAGUAAAGAACAAUAUUUGCACACUGCUUCCAAUACACUACAUAAGCUCAUGCAGUCUGUACAGGAAAAGCACAUUUUUGUAGACAAUCAAGCAAUAAUGAUAAAACAAGAAAGUUUAAAAGCUUUAAGAAAAACUUCAGAGUUUAUACGGCAAAACAACUACCAGACCCUUCAAUUUAAGUAAACAGUGUAAAUUUAAGUAAUUUAUAACUUCCAAAUUCUCAGCUGCUUGUUUCUAUUAUGUUGUUUUAUGCAA